UUUAAAAACGCGCUGCGCGGUCAGUCCCAAACCAUGACACCGUUCAUCACCAUUGGUUCACAUGCGGCAGGGCAAACCCCAUGUCUCGCGAUGUGCGGGGACAAGGAGCCUGUGCACAGCCAUAAACGGCGAUGACAACCAUGGCUGCGCUGCGCAGGCUGCUGUCAGCAGCGAGCGGUUCCCCGCACCUUCGCUUCGCUUCCACGAGGCCCGGCGAUCGCUUCGCGGCCAGCAGCCGGGGGCGCGUCGUGGCCGGGAUAUGCCUGGCUGCCGGGGGCGCCUUGGUGUAUUACUGCUGCGGGCAGAUGUAUGAACAGCGGCGUCGAUCGAGGCUGGUGUACGGCAUGACCGGCCGAGCCGUGCUGCCUUCUCUCCCCGCGGUGGUCGCCAAAGAAAAGGCCGGAACGAUCGAGCUGGACGACACAGACGUGUACAUGUCCUCCCACGAGCAGCGGUUCCGCUUGUUCAGCUCCGUGGAGUACGAGGGACAGCUGUACAUGACCCCGCAGAACUUCAUCGAGUCCGUCACCAUGAGCGAGCCCAAGAACAGGAAGCCAUGGAGGUCCCUCACCAAGCAGGAGCUGGAGAAGAUCCUGUCUGAGACGCCUCCUGUCUGGAAGGGGACAUCGAAACUUUUCCGGAACCUCCGUGAACGGGGUAUCAUCGCCUACACAGAGUACCUCUUCCUGCUCUGCAUUCUGACCAAGCCGCACGCGGGCUUCAAAAUCGCGUUCAACAUGUUCGACGCCGACGGCAAUCAGAUGGUGGACAAACGGGAGUUUCUGGUGCUGCAGGAAAUAUUCCGGAAGAAGAACGAGAAGGGAAGGAAGGGAGACGCGGAGAAGUCAGCCCAGCUGACUUUGCAACUGUAUGGAUAUCAGGUUGCACCUGUGAACAGCGUCCUUCAGAAAGAUCCCCAGGAGUUUGUCCCCCGGAGCUACUGGGAUGUUCUGAGACACUGCACCAGUCAGGCCUUGUUUUCAGACCUCGCAGAGGAUUUUAGACUGGAGCGUGCUGAUGAAGGCAUGAUGGUAGACACCACACUGCUGGUGCACUUCUUUGGGAAGAAGGGGAAGGCGGAGCUGACCUUCGAUGACUUUUACAGGUUCAUGGACAAUCUGCAGACUGAGGUGCUGGAGAUCGAGUUCCUCACCUACUCCAAAGGGAUGACCACCAUCAGCGAGGAAGACUUUGCUCGCAUCCUGCUGCGCUACACCACCGUGGAGAACAUCAGCAGCUACCUGGAGAACGUCCGGCAGAGCAUCCCCGAUGAGAAGGGAAUCACUUUUGAGGAGUUCAGGUCCUUCUUCCAGUUCCUCAACAACCUGGAGGACUUCGCCAUUGCCAUGCAAAUGUACAACUUUGCAAGUCGCUCCAUUGGACAAGAUGAGUUUGGCCGUGCCGUCUACGUGGCGACCGGCUUGAAGCUUUCACGCCACCUGGUGAACACCAUCUUCAAGAUCUUCGACGUGGACCACGACGACCAGCUCAGCUACAAGGAGUUCAUCGGCAUCAUGAAAGAUCGGCUCCACCGGGGGACUCGGGUGAGCGGGGUGUCCUUCUUCACUUGUGUCCACGUCCAGGCUGGAAAACAUCUCCGGCAGCUGUGGAGAAGGUUCAAGGAGAAGGCGUGAGCGGGAAGGAGGAGGGGUGGGGUGGGGUGGGGUGGCGCCAUCUGCUGGUGUGGACACAGAGCGCCAGCUUCCCAACCUCAGCCCCCAUACACAGCUCUGCCAAUGCUCAACAUUAUCCUGAAGCAGCGAAGCCUGGGGGAGCUGAGAAUGAAGGCAUUUCUGGAUGUUGCCUUUUUAAGGCGCCAGACUCUCUCAGCACUUCACUGAUUAUAACCCACCAAAGACUCAGUCCCUUAUAAAUAUUCAUAAGCACCGUCCAACUUGGGAAAUCUCACCGCUACACAAAGGAGCACUAAGCGUAACCUGCCGGCCACAUCUCAUCCUCGCCAUUUUACAGCGUUCCCCUUCCCAGACACGUCCUUAUACCGAUAAAUAUGGAAACCGUAGCUUUUUCGUGAAACAAAGAUAAAAAUAUUAAUCCGCGAUGAACAGAUGGGUGCAGAUACAGUGGAAUACCACAGCAGAAUUGUUGUAGUUCCAGUCACCCUUAUAAAAGAAUUUUGAAUUUUGUUCAGAUAUUUAUCAUGUAAAGUUGAAGGGAUGUCAAUUUAUUAUGUGACCUCUAUAGUGCCUCUAGUGGAGGGGUGUGGAAGCGUUAUUUGACAGUAUGAUAACAGGAAUAUGGUUUGCUAUGUUUAAUUUAUUCAGUGUCUUUAACACGACUUUGGAUUUCGUCUUAGGGAUCACAGGGAAGAGUGACUGAAAUCUGAAAUAGAUGCAGAAUCUUGGUAAAUUUAUUUGAAACUUUUCACGUCACUGAACAUUUGCCUUAACAGCGCUGUCUGCAUGUCUUUUGAUCAUAAUGGGUGUGUUAUAAUAGAAUAUCCUCAGUCUAUAUUUAUUCCUGCUUUUUUGUUUGCCUUUUUGCUUGCAGUGCCUUUGUAAGGUGCAGAAUUAUCCGGAAAUGUUGGAUGUAAUCGUUUAAGUAUUUACAAAAGCAAUAAGCUCAAUCUUAUGGACAGGUACCGGAACACCCAAACAGUCCCCAGGUCCCCCCCUGUCCGCAGCAGCGCUAUGAAGUGUGAGAAGGAGGGGGCCAGCUUUGGAAUGAACUGCCUGGCCAAUCAAACGCUUACCCUGAGUUUUAAUGUUAGAGAAUAUUUAUCUUGCAGUAUAUAUUUCAUUAAAACAAGAAAGGUAAAAUCAACACUAGAUGACCCCAGUCACCUCUAGCAAUGUUAAUGACAGUGAUAAGUUAUUAUAAUUAUUAUGUUUUAUGCUAUACUAUAUUACUGUAUUCUGUUCCAGUGUCGCUUAAUGUGUACUCCUCACUGCCUAAACGCAUGACCCAGCCGCAUCUGAAGUACUGUACCUUACCGUCUGUUUUGGAGAUUUAAAUUGUAUUUAUCUGUAUGAGCAAGCUGAUGGGCAAUACUUUUCUCGUGGCAAAACAUUAUAAUUUAUAAUCUCUUCAAAUAUAUAUUUUUUUGCUUUGCUUUCAUUCUAUCAGUGGAUUUGGCGUCUUUAUCCAGUGUCUGGUGGACCUCCCAUUUAAAACUGCAUGAGAAUGUUCUAGAAAGGAGAUCGGCUAUAAGGAGAAUGCUGCUGAGAGUGUGUGGCCUUACAGUAAAUGGCCCACUGGGGUGACGCCACCUGGUUUACCAGAUAACAUGUAUUUACACAUGUGCGUCUGCUUGCAUGUCCAAAAAGUUGGGUUCCAGCCUGGUAUGUGCUUGAUGUUUAGGUUCCCUUGAAUACUGACCUGACGGGCAGGGUGCAACCCAUGAUCCCGAAAAGAGAGCGUCAUUACACAACACAACAACAUGGGACAGAGCCGGAGAUUAAACGCUUCUCCCCACAUCUGUGUGAGCGCAUGAAUAAAUCAAUGUGAGAGCAAA